AUGUCUAAUAUUUUGCCUUUUGUUACAAUACAGUGUGACUGGAUUGAUUUUAUAAGGCUUCCACAUAAACAAAUAUGGAUAUCAUUUAAGUAUGUUGGACGAGGCAGCACACAUGAUAUAAUCAAAACUGUACUUGAUAAAACUGAGGGGAAAAUACAAGUGGUUUGCCCGGAUAGUUUUCAGUAUAUUUCACAAAGUAAUUUGAGUCUUGUUCUUAAACACCUGAGUUCCGGUUUAAAAGUAGCAUUUGUAGCACCUACUAAAACACAUACAAUUCACAAACAUGGUAUACUAUCUGUCUCAUGUGGAGAGAAUGCUUUAGCAGCUACAUCUUGUGAAGGGGACAAACUCCUGGUAUGGGAUACUAGAACUGACGAAGUGCUUUUAGAUUUAAAAGGUCAUGGAGGACCAGUAUAUAAAUGUAGGCUCUUUCCAUCAAAUAUUGUUUUGAUAUCUGCUGGUGCUGAUGGUUCAAGUAAAAUAUGGUCUGCGGAGUCAGGAAUUAAUCCAGUUACAUUAGUAGGUCACAAAAUGUCACUAACCGAUAUCAGUAUUAUUGAGAAAGGAAGAAAUGUUAUAACUGUUAGCAAAGAUGGCUCAGCUAAGUUAUGGGAUGUAGGUGAAUCAAGAUGCAUUGCCAAUGUUAUAGAAGGACAUGGUAUUAUAAAUUGCUGUACUAUAGCAACAACAAUUGAAGAAGUUUCUGUUAGUGAUAAUAGAGAGAUUGGUACUGGCAACAAAUUGCUGAUUGUGGGUUGUGAAAGUGGUUUAAUUGUCUGUGCUCAUAUCGCCAAAAGAAAUGAAAGGUAUCAAAAGGCAUUGGAUUCUGCUGUGAAUGUCUGUAUUAUUAUCGACAGUAUAAUUGUUGCCGGUUGUAGCAAUGGAAAGAUCUUUUUCAUGAAACUUCAAGAUGGUUCGAUUGUAAAAGAGUUGUAUGAAUCAGCAAGCCCUGUUCUAAGCCUGGCAACACUUACUAAUCAAAUGUUUGUAGUCGGUCGCCAAGAUGGAACUUGCACCGUAUUGUCUUUGCAAGAAACACACACUGCAAUAAGAGUGCAGCUAACAGGCUCUGAUUGUGAUGGUAUAAGAGAUAUAGCAUUCAAUGGCAAAUGGAUUUUGACAGCUUGCAGAGAUAGAAAUAUAAGAAAAUACGACUACAAUCAAGUAACUGUACACUUUAAA